AUGGCCUGCCAGUCCAGUGUCACCUUCAGUAGCCUCAGCAGCUGUGGGGCAGCCUCAGGAUGGAGCACUGGACCAGACUCCCUGGGAUGGAAUGGCUGUGGAGGGCCCAGCCCCCACUCCAACUUCAGCUCUCAAAGUCUCACCAGCUGUGGGUCGAGAGGCACCUUCCAGAAGGUGACUGUAAACCCCAGCCUCCUGGUGCCCCUGGACAUCAAGGUGGACCCCUCCAUCCAGCAACAGAAGAAUCAGGAAAAAGAAGAACUGAAGACACUCAACGAUAAGUUUGCCUCUUUGAUUGGAAAGGUGCAGUCCUUGGAGCAGCGGAACCAGCUGCUACAAACCCGAUGGAGUUUCCUGCAAGAGCAAGAAUCCACCUGCUUUGACUUCAGCCAUUUGUAUGAGCAGUACUUGGACCGCCUGCAGCAAGAGCUGAAAACAGUGAGCCAGGAGAGAAGUCAGCUUGAAGUUAACUUGACACAGAUGCUGGAGAAGGUGGAAGAGUAUAAGAUCAAAUAUGAAGAAGAAAUCACCAAGCGGACAGACAUGGAAUUCACCUUUGUCCAGCUGAAGAAGGAUCUGGAUGCUGAGUGUCUUCGUAGGACAGAGCUGGAGGCCAAACUCCAAGGACUCCAGAGUUUUUUGGAGUUGAUGAAAACCGUGUAUGAGCAGGAGCUUCAGGACCUGAUGGCCCAAGUCAAGGACAUAUCAGUGACUGUAGGAAUGGACAGUCGCUGCCACAUCAACCUCAAUGACAUUGUGGAGGAAGUGAAGGCCCAAUAUGAUGCCAUUGCUGCCAAAAGUCUGGAGGAGGCUGAGGCAUUUUCCAGAAGCAGACUGGAGGAGAGGGCAGCUCGAUCUGCCGAGUUCGGGAGCAGCCUUCAAAGCAGCCGAAGUGAGAUCGCGGACUUGAACAUCCAAAUCCAGAAGCUGAGGUCCCAAAUCCUCUCUCUCAAGAGCCAUGGGAGCUCCCUUCUCCACCUGAUCUUCUACUUCUCCUUCCCCAGGAUGGACUUUCCUUCCUCUGCUGUCGUCAGUGCUAUCCAGUCUCGAUCCAGACCUGCUGCUUCUAAAACAGGCCCCUCCAGGACCCCCUCCCGAAGAAGGAAGAACAAGGGUCCAGUGAUUAAGAUCACAGAGAUGUCUGAGAAGCUCAUCUCUCAGGAGUCUGAGGCCACUCAGUGA